AGGCAGGGAGCACUUGGGAGCUCCCCUUCCCCAGGCACACCAUGGCUGCACGGACGGUCCCUCACGCCUACCCCAUGAGCUCGGAGUAUGAGUUUGCCAACCCAAGCAAGAUUUAUGACCAGAACUUUGGAGAAGGUGUGUCCCCGUGUGAGAUCCUAGCCCCUGCCCUGUACCACGGCUACUACAUCAGGCCUCGCAUCAACAAGCAGCUGGAUCGGGGCACCUCUGAGAUCAGCCUCAACCAGCACAAAUUCCAGGUGUUCCUGGAUGUCUGUCACUUCCUGCCCGACGAGCUGAGCGUCCGCACUGUGGACAACCUGCUGGAGGUGAUGGGGCAGCACCCCCAGAAAGCUGAUCGCCACGGCUUCAUCUCCAGGGAGUUCACCAGGACAUACAUCCUCCCUCUGGAUGUUGACCCCUUGCUGGUGAGAGCCACCCUGUCCCACGAUGGCAUCUUAAGCAUCGUGGCUCCUCGGACGGGGAAGGAGGUGAAGGCCAGAGUCAACGAGGUGAAGAUAACCCAACAGGAGCAGCCAGUGGGGAAAGAAGAACAGUCUGAGGAAGGAAAAAGGAAAGGAGAGUCCUAAAGGCCUCAGCUCUGGGCUUGAGCAGGGAGGGAGGGGGGAUAAGGAUGGGGAACCCGUGGUGCCAGACCCCU